AUGACCACUCCGAUGGAACUACGUAACAAAUCUGUCACCAUCUAUGUACCGGUAUCAGUUCCGGAGGAGCCCACAAAUAUGACUGGCGUCGACAAUUCGCCGGGUGAAAAGAAGAAGAAGGGCGAGGAUGAGGAACACCCACAAAUUUUAUCAAUGAAUGUUAAUUUUAAAAGCACUAUAAUGGCUGAAACAAAGCCAAAGGUGACACUUUUCAUUACACUGAACAGGUUUGGCUUGAAUCACGACUACAUAUAA